AUGGGGUUGGGUUGGGUGCCGCUGUCGGAGCCGGAGCGCGCGGCGUGGCGGCUACGCGAGGCGUGGCUGUGUGGCGGCGCGCUGUCUCCGCUGCCCGCGGCGCUGCUGUCCUCGCGGCUGGGGCCGUCGCGUGUCGCCGGCGCCGCGCUGCUGGCCGCCGGUCUGCUGCAGCCGCUGACGCCGCUCGCCUGGCUCACCGCCUACCACUGGCUGCUCUGCGCCGCGCAGGGCUUCGCCGUGGGCGCUGUGUGGCCUUCCCUACACGCCCUAGGAGCUGCCUGGUAUCCUCCUCUUCAGCGCACCGGAUACAUCGCUCUUUAUUCCAGUGCGGCGCUGGGCCCGGUGCUGGCGUCGUGUCUGGGCUGGUGGCUGGGCCGCGACGGGCUGGGCUACGCGCUGUCGCUGUCGUCGCUGCUGUGGUUCCUGGCCUGGCAGCAGAUGGUGCGCGACCGCCCGCACCAGCACCCCAGACUCUCUCCCGACCAGUGCUCCAGCCUCGCUGCCGCCAUCGGACCUUCCUUCUCCAGCGGACCGCCGCCGGCCGUGCCGUGGCGUCGCCUGCUGACAUCGGGGCCAGUCUGGGCUUGUGCUACCGCCGUGGCCGGCAGUCUGUGGGGACGCGCCGCACUCCUGCUGGCGGCCACAAAGUACCUGCGCCACGUGUACGGCUUCGCCCUCACCUAUGACCGCGUGCUGUCGGUGCUGCCACACGUGGGACACGUGGCGACAGCGGUGCUACUGGCUGGCCUGGUGGACAAGGCGCGCGCGCAGUCGCUCGUCUCCACCACCACGGCGCGGCGGCUCAUCGUUUACAUUGCUCACCUGCCGGCCAGCGCGUUGCUGUUCGUGCUGGGCUACAGCGGCUGCGACCCCGCCGUGCCCGCAGCCCUGUACACGGCCGCCGUCGUCGUCACCGGAGCCACCCCCGCUGGCGCCACCGCCAGCUGCAUGGACCUGGCACCCAACUUCGCAGGCGUGGUGCUGGCGGUCAGCCAGACGGUGGGCGCCGCGUCCUCACUGGCUGCCGCGUACGUCGUCAGCGAGGGGCUUCACGGGUCGCUACCUGGCUCUUGGCGGAUGGUGUUUGGGGUGUCAGCGCUGGUGCUGACGUUCACGGGCAUCAUCUUCAUGGGGCUGGGCAGCGGCAGCGUGCAGCCAUGGAACUUCGUGGCGAGCGACAUGCAGCACCAGCAGCAGGCGCAACCGUCACCCUCAGUACCGGCCACGCCCUCCCCACGCCAGGAGCAGCCGCGGGAGCAGCAGCAGCAACAGCAACAGCAGCAGCAGCAGCAGCAGCAGCACACAGAGUCCGCGCCGCAGCCGCUAGAGGUCUCCACCAUGAUGAUCGCGCCAGCCACCGGUGGCUGCAUCGUCUGAGUGCGACGUCAACCACGAACCCGCCCGCCGUCCAUCGCUCCCAUGCCCUGUGACGCAACAUUUUCACUUCAGUGGAUAGCUGUUAAUGGCAAUUUCUCUGGCGUUUUCAAUCAGUCGUAAGGCUGCAAAUGCGUGCAGGUCACGUCACCGGUAGGGAAUGCCCGCUGCAGUGGACUGUGCGAAUAUGCAGCCUCAGUACAGACUGAAAAGGCCAAAGUAGCGACCAUCGACAGCUGCCCACUGCAGAUGGCGCUAUGCGCCACUGGGAUAAUGUACUGAACGUUCUGAUAAAAAAUAAAGCAGUGCUAUGUGAAUUUUGAGAGGUUUCUUGAGUGAUCGUUACAAGGCACAUUGUCGAGUGAAUGGACGUGUUUGACAUUAACUUCAUUGACUUUGGCACCUGCGGCAUGCUAAGAUUUUACAAGUAGCCUUACAGGUUGGCCCUAUAUCAGUACCCGGAUAUAAAUUUAAUAAAGCAGUAUGACGAAAUUAAGGGGAAAAAACGAAACUAUCGCCUUUAAAAAUUAGAAGAUUUCCAAGUGCUGUUAAGUGACCUCAUUAAGGUAGUCGCAGAUGUCCGAGUGCAUAGCGCGGAAGUGACUGAUCCUAUUGUCUCUGUUUCAUAUCUCACUAGCAGUAACGUUCUUUUAUAUUUUUUUAAAAUUUUGUGUUUACUAACAAAUGGAAACCUUAAAUACAAAUACUGAACACAAAAUCUUAAUAAAAAUUGCAGCACUGUAUUUUUGAUUGCUGGUCUUAUGAAAAUAAAUUAAAAUUUGACGCAGAUAGGUGAAAUUCGUUACUGUUAACUGAAAAUGUUAU